AGAAAUUAAGAAAAUGGCCAAGAUUGGUAAUAAAGAAGCUUGUCGAGUUUUAGCCAAACAGCUUGUACAUCUACGAAAACAGAAAACAAGAACUUUUGCUGUAAGUUCAAAAGUUACUUCUAUGUCCACACAAACAAAAGUGAUGAAUUCCCAGAUGAAGAUGGCUGGAGCAAUGUCUACCACAGCAAAAACAAUGCAGGCAGUUAACAAAAAGAUGGAUCCACAAAAGACAUUGCAAACAAUGCAGAAUUUCCAGAAGGAAAACAUGAAAAUGGAAAUGACUGAAGAAAUGA